CGAUCGUGAACCUUGUUCGCAGAACACAACUAUUUAGAAGUGCACCGAAAUCGGACCGAGCUUUGACCGUUUUGAUCGUCCAUUGUUUGUGAUACAGGAUUGAAUAUCUACUCUGCGAGCUUUAAAGAUGGCGCCACACAAUUCAUUACAUCCAGACACCCACAAUGACCCAUCAUCUACCGAGAGCGAUUCAAAUUCCAACCAGUCUAAAAAGAUCAAAUAUGACGAUAGCUACCAGAAUAUGAUGUUUCGGGCAGGCUUCACCAAUAUGCACAAUGAAUACAUUUACAACAAGAAUAGAACACACGCCCUCAUGAUGCGAAACGAUCGGUACUCAAUGACUUCAACAACAUCAUCGAUAAUUUCUUCAUUGGAUGGGAACCGUUCAACUCCAUCGCCAGAUUUUGCAAUGAGCAUGGGUCAAGUUUCGUCGCCGCUAUUCAAUGGUUUCAUGCAAAGCCCAGGAGAACCAUCCCAAUCAAUAUAUGAUCAAUCACGUGUUAGGUCGCCUGCUACUUUUAAUAAUCCCCAAGAGCAUAACUAUGCCGUGGAUUCGCCCCAUGCAUUGCAUACUCCGGAACCAAUUAUACGACCAGCUCGUGCUCGGGUCACAUCCGACUCGGGCAAUUCAUCCAUACCGGAAGUGGAUGAUAUCAACCCACUGUGCAUGAAUGAUUUUUUCCGUGAUGCUGUAAAUCCAGAACUUGCGGAAAAGCUGAACAGUGCGCUGACAACCAUUGAGGCCAAAUCUGCUCAACACAAGGAACGAUAUCUGGAAAUGCGAAUGUGUGAACUGCCAACGGAUUUGGAAUACAACCCUAAUAAGUCCCGCCUCCGGAAGGUGUACGAAAGUCCAAUGGAGGCAGCCGAACGAGAGCGAAACAAUUUGGCUUCGCGAAAGUCACGAUUCAAGAAGAAGAUCGCCCAACAAAUCACCAAUAUGCACCUGGAGUUUGACCGUAGCGAAAGCGCUGAUCUGUAUGCUAUGCAGAACUGGAUGGGACAAGUGAUUUUUGAGCUGGAAUCAAACUGCCUUGAUAGGGGCAUUACGCCGGAAUGUUUGGCGGACAUGCGACAACAGUGCGGAUUCUUACGAAAUCAGAAUGAUAAAGUGUACAGAGCGAGACCAUCAUUCUAGAAGCUGUUUCAUGUAUACAUACGCAUAUUUUACUACUUAACAGAACCCUUACCACCUACCAGUGCUUCAGAAAUGCCCCCAAACCGGCAGUUCGUCUUAGACUUACGACUUCACCAAUACAAUAUUAUUAAUAUUUAUCCAGGCCAAAGGGUCGUGCAAAAACAAUAACUUUUAAGGAACCAAUAUUAAAAAUAAAACAGUAUUUUAUUACCAAUAA